GCGGCCGGGGCCGAAGCCGUCCGGAAAUCCCCGAGCCCGCUCCCCUCCUCCUCUGCCCGCCUCUCGGCGCCCGGGCGCGCGCGCGCUUCCCGCCGCUGCCCAUUGUCCUCCCGCGUCGCUUCCGCCGCCCGCCCGCCGCCCGCCCGCCCUGCCUCCCCGGGGAGCCGGGAGACCCCAGGCCCAGCCAUCUUCCGGCGGAUGGGCGCGGGAUGGCUUGAGUGGCGCGGCUGCCGCGGAGCGCUCGGAGGAGCCGCCGGGCUGCUCGCUGGAGAAACCCCCGCGCCGGGACCCGCCGGGACUGGUGGUGCGAUCCGGCGCCUUGGCUUGCCCCGAUGCCGCGCUCCGGGAGAAGGUCUGGCCAGGCUCUGAUUUCUGCGCUCGGAAUGGAUCCGUCCGGAUAAUUCUUCUUCUUCUUCUUUCUUCUUCCUCUUCUUCUUCUGAGCGGCGUUCCAGCAGCUUGCUGCCUUUCGGGGUGGAAAUGGACUGAUCCGGGGGGGUCCGGGGGGAGGGAAAGCCGGCAGCCUGGAUUGUGCUGCUGCCUGAUUGACUGGAGAGCAAAGGAGACCGGCUGGGAUUUCCGGGGGGCGGCGGGGGGAGAUGAAGUAACCUUGGUCCAGCCAUGGCAAAUCGGGAUCCAUCCAGCCGGAUGCCUCCUUCCGCCGGGCGGCGGGCGCUGCUCCCCGUCUCCCCCGAGCCGCCUCCCCAGCGAGGGCUGCUGUCGCCGCGGCUGCCCUGCUCCUAAGCCUUCAUCCCCAUGGCGAGGAGCGGCCGAGGCUCCGAUCUCUCUUCCAGAGGCAUCCCUACCCCGGCUGACCACAGAGGACAAUAGCGGGGCCAGGAUCCGGGCCUGCCGGAAGAGAGCGAGCGGGAGGGGGCCAUCCCUUCGCGAUGACAGCCUCCCCAUCCCCAUCCCUGCCUGGCAGGAGGAAGCAGGACUGGCCCUGUCUCCAAGGCAACAGCUCCGGCAUCCCAGCCUGCCUCUCCGGAUAGGGCGUGAGCCCUGAGCAACCCGGACCGGGAGGCGGAGUGGGACGCGUCCCCAGCCAGCUGCCCGAGGUCUCGUCUCCGCCGCUGAUUUCCCAGACCAGAGGAGCGAGGUGAGCAGGCCCGCCACCAGCACCCGCAUGCUUCCCCCUGGUGAUGCAGGGCUGGGAUCUGUGCCCCCCCCCCCAGUCCAGUCCCUCUUUCCUGGCAUUGCUUUGUCUGCUUAACUCUCCAUCCCUCCAGAUACAAGCACAUAUCCCCUGCUUAUCUCAUUCAUCUGGCUGCCUGUUAGUCACCAUGGCAAGCCCCUACCCUCCCUCUCACCCCACCUCUGCCGCUUCUGAAUUUGACUCUUGCUUUUCAGAUGGAGCCACCACCUGUUUCAUUUCUGCCUCUGUGUGUGUGGAGGUGGAGGGAGGGUGCUUGAACACCCCAUGUGCUCAUGACCAAGCUGGGUGUGGGAGUCUUAUUUCCAUUUUGCAAGAGCUCCAGGCACCCCACCUUCUCCUUGCCUGUUUGUUCCUUUUGUCUGCUCCGCCCUGUUGCUCCUGAACCCCCUCCGUUCCAUGGUAGCCCCCCCCUUAUAUGGAGCUCUGUGAAGAUAGGCGAAGAGGUGGAGAAAAAUCUUUAGCAGACGUAAUGCUCAAGCACCGCCCCCCAAUUUGUUAUUCAGGGAGCAUUCAUAUAUGAGAGGGUUGACCCUUUCUGUCAACGGAGACCACUUUUGUAACAGCCCAGCCUCCAACGCAGCAUCAGCUUUUUAAUACUAAUUUUCACCACAGAAAUUUGCAUCGAGUUUGUAUCCAAUGAGAUACAAAAAUAUGGAGCAGAUUAUGGGCAGAGAUUAUGGGUCUCUUUGUUCCAACUCACCAGGCCUUCUCUCAGUUUGAAAAGCAGUUAAGGGGCAACUCAUAGUUCAUUUCAGUGGACUGUUCUGUAAAUAAAAAGUACAUUAUUCCCAAAUCUGGAGAAAAACUUUGAUGUGGGGCUCACUUCCUUUUCUCCUCCCCCUACAGCAGAUACCUUGGUGUAAAUUAGUAGUAAACUAAUUGUAAAUCAGAUGUAUUUCAGUUGGAACCAUUUGUUUCUAAAUCCCUGUCACUUAAUGUAAAAUAGAAUUGACUAUUAGACAAAAAGAACCAUAUUUCCUCUCACCCAAGUAGAAGCCAGAUAUAAAAUCAGAGGUGAUGGCAUUUGAGGUUAUGGGUCUGGUUUGUUUGCAUUCAACUUUGUGCUAGUGCUGGUCAGGUGAAAAUAUGUUGUGAAUGGUUUGAAUUUCUGUUGGAGCCAAUUUACUAAUCCCUGUAAUUGUGCUUGUGUGAAUGCAUAAACAGACACCUUGAAAGCAAAAUCAGACAGCAAACCUUUAUACAAGUUACUUAUUUAGGCCUCAAAGACUAAAAAUAAAAUAAAAUGAUCUAGUAACUUUAAUGGGUGUGUUUGCAAGGUAGAUAUUGUUACUAGUAAAUUAGGAGGACAUUACUUGAGACAAUAAAGUUACCCUGGCUGAAGGUGAUAUAAAUGAAAUGUUAUUUCACUGACGUCAAGGUUGCUUACUAUCCCUGCCACUCUUCCUUUUGAAAGUAAGCAGUGAGUCAGGUAUGUAUCAAAAGUUUAGCAACUGAAAUAAUGAUAGGAUUUUUGUUUUACACUUUUGUGUAAAAUCUUAGUAAAUCAAUUGUAAGGCUAUAGUAGCUCACUGGAGUCACUGGAGUCAAUUGGUGUGAUUUCCUAGAGUGAAUCAGCUUAAAUUUCUGAAACUAAAAGGUGUCUAAUCCCACUGUUGACUUAAUUUUAAUAAUAAUGAGUCAGUACAUAUGUGUGUGGAAAAUUGGUGACAGAACAUCCAUAUGUGUUUUAAUGUGAUAUAUUACCUGAAUGAGUAUUCAUUGGAUUGUGUGUAGCAAGUGUGUUUCAUUGGAAGUGCUAGUUUGUCACUGUGUGUGUGAAUGAAUGUGUGUGUGAGAGUUCUAAUAUAACAGAGGCAGGCUUGGCGAUAAUUAUCUGUGGUGUUGAAUGGCUGUAUUGUGCAGUCUUUAUUAAGACUGUUUAUUCAGAAAUACCACUGACUGCAAUGGGACUUGCCCUCUACUAAAUAGGUUUAGGAGUUCAGUCUCUGUGCAUGCUUGCCUGCCAGCAUCUGAGUCUGAGGAUGUGUUUGUGCUUUGUCUGGGCCUGACUGAAUACAGGUAUCUGUGUCAAAGUGUGUUCAAAUCACACAGAUGUGCAUGACCAUAGCAGGAUCUUGAUAUUUUUGUGAAUGGAUGUGAUUCCGUGGUAGUGUGUGCUUAGGUCUAUAAGUAUACUUAUUCAUAAUUAAUUUCCCAUUAUUUUCUCUUUGUUUACUCAUAAACCCUAUGGGCUAACUACGUUAGUCUUUAGAUGACACAAGACUCUUUGUUUCCUGCUUCCCCCCCCCCCCCGCCACCAUCCCAUGACUGUAAAUGUGACUUUGUGUUUUCUCAAUAAAGUGAUAUAUCUUCCAAUUAAAUUGGACAGUGGUAUGCACAGGUAAAUCAGAUAAUGAACAUCACUGAAAUAAUUUGUGUGUCUGGCAAGAUGUAAGUGCAUUGUGCUAAGAAACAGAUGGCCGUGAGACCCUUCCCUUAUUCUUAUCUGUAAGUUUUUACAGGCGUGCAGUUGUGGGCUUGUCAGGUUCCCUGUGGUUGUGUGUAUGACUCAGUGAGCUAUCAUGCGUGUUAUCAAAAUGUGUGUGUGUUCAUGACAGUGUGUAUGUGUAUGUCCCCAAGCAUAUCUGCUGUGCAUGUAUUGUAUUGAUUGUACUAUGAGUGUGUCAGGAUGUGCCACUUACCAGUGGCGGAGAGGAACUCCCUUCACAGUUCCCAUUAUAAGCAGCAGGUGUCAGUCCUGGAGCAGCCGUUGCUUGGCUUGACACUGGCCCCACCUUCUUUGACAGGCCUCAGGCUGAUGGCGUCAUCUGUGUAGAGGGAGUCCUCAGAUAUACUGCUGGAAUUCUGGCAUAUAAAAUCAGGAAGCUAAAGGGGAGGCAUAUAGCCUAAGGAUCAGCAACUGGCCUAAAAUCCAGGCCCUUCAACUGCUCGGCUCCCCAGAGCCAGCCUACGGGCAGGAGAGGUGUGAAGACAGUGGUUGCUGUGGCUACAGGAAGAGGGUCCCUGGCCCACUUCAUAGCCCUCAAAAGCCCUCAUGUAAAGUGAGUUGCUGAGCAGCAGUUUAAUGAAGCCUUUACCACAAGCCAGAACUAUCUAUCUCCCCUCUGACAUAAACCCCAUGUAAUUCAUAUCAAAGAUUGUGAGAUCCUUGACAUUUCCGUUAAAAGGAUCUAAGGCAGCAGGUCUGAAAAAGAGUGCCACAGUCAGAGCAGGUGGAACUUGGCAAGAGGGGCCAGUGGUCUGCUUUUUAACAAAGUGUUCAUAUGAAAUGGAGUUGGUCCCCACCACCCAACAGCUUGAAUUUAGUUGGAAUGACCCAAGUGGAGACAGAGAAAGAGUCCUUUGUCACAUGUGGAGAAUAUCUUUUUGAUCCCUCUGGGCCACAAGUUGGAUACAAAGCAUGUAAAAUCAAUUUAUUCAUAUAAAUUCAGGUCCCUUUCAAUUCUGCAAUUCACUGGUAGAGUUUGUAGGCCAGGUGAGGGGGAGGGAGAGAGAAGCAUCAUUGACACGUGUAUGUAUUUGUGCGUGCAUAUGUGGAAAUUGUGUGUGCUCACAACUAUUACAAGCAGGAGUGUGUAAGCCCACAGUGGAUGCGCACAAGAUAACCCACAUGCUUUGUUUCCAAGUAUACAUUACAUACACAUUGUGUGUUUCUGUGUGUAUAUUUGUUUAGAAAGUGCAUGUGUGUGAAUUUGUAUAUGUUCUGCUGAAUCAUAGAAUCUGGAAUUGUAGAGUUGGAAGGGACCCCAAGGGUCAUCUAGUCCAACCCCCUGCAGGACAGGAAUCUCUACUGGACUCCCUCGGGAGGUGGUGGACUCUCCUUCCUUGGAGGGUUUUAAGCAGAGGUGGGAUGGCCAUCUGUCACAGAUGCAUAGACAAGAUGAAACUUGGGGUCCCUUUCAAUUCUGCAAUUCUAUGAUCCAUAACAGGCGGCCCUCUAACCUCUGCUUGAAAACCUCCAAUUAAGGAUGGUACCUCACCUUCCAAGGGAGUCAGUUCCACUGCAGAUCCACUCUUUCCCUUCCUGAGGUUUAGUUGGAAUCUCCUUUCGUGUAACUUGAAGCCAUUGGUUCAAAUCCUCCCCUCCAGAGCUUGUUCCAUCUUCCAUGUGGCAGCCCUUGAGCUAUUGGAAGAUGGCUAUCAUAUCCAAGACUCCUCUUGUCCAGGCUAAACGUAUCCAGCAAUCUCAACCGUUUCUCAUACAACUUGGUUUCCAGGCUCUUGAUUAUCUUACUUGCUGUCCUCUGCACACAUUCCAGUUUGUCGACAUACUGUACUUCAUUGUGGUGCAACAUGUGCGUAAAUUUUUGAAUUGACAGAGCGACAAUUUUCAUAAAUUUAUGUAUGUAAAAUUGCAUAAAUACAUUGUACGUCAGGUGUGGGGAACUUUUAUCCCUUCAGAUGUUGCUUAACUACAUCUCCCAUCAGCACCAGCAAGCAUGGCAAAUGGCAUGGGAUUUGUAGAGAACUACAAUUGUAUUGGAGAGCCAGAGGUUUGCUUCACCUGUUGUGCUUAUUCCUGUGGUGGGGGCACACACAGUAUUAUUGCUCAUUGCAAUGUAUUAUAUUGAGAGCUGGUAUGUGCGCGUGUAUCUUUCAUUACAUGGAAGAAAAACCUUUCAACAUGAACAAAAAUGGACAGGCUUAACGCAGACUGGCUAGGUUGGGUGCUGUGCAGACGGCUGGAGCAAUGGGUUACCCAGACCUACUGUUAAGAUCUAGAAAGCCUUUGCCAAGCUAUCUUGCUUAGUAGCAGGGGUAACUUGACCUGAGGGCUGUUGCUGAGGGAGGGAAUUUUCUUAUUAUUAUUAUUGUUAUUGUUAUUAUUAUUACAUUUGUAUACCGCCCUAUACCUGCAGGUCUCAGGGUGGUUACAACAUAAAAACACAAUAUAAAAACACAAAAUACAAAAGAAAAAAGAAAAAUAAUCCCAAUAACCCCCCCCCCCCAUUUUAAAAGUGUGUUGGAUGUCAAUCAGCCAAAGGCCUGGUUAAAGAGGAACAUUUUUGCCUGGCACCUAAUGAUAUAUAAUGAAGGUACCAGCCACAUCUCCUGGGGAAGUAAGAAAAGACUUCUCCCAGACUGAGCUGGAGUUUCCCCACCUCCCUCUCCCCUUCAAAAGCAGUACCACUUCCUGAAUAUUGCCUGUAGUUGAGGCAGAGUAGCAUCACUGUAGACAGGUGGGAAAAGGUUUCCCCACUGCCCAGGAUAGCAACAGCUGAGUCACCUCACUAUCUUUCCCAACACAAUCUAUUUUUUUCUUUAGAAGUGAAUGGAGCCAGGGGUGUUAGGGGAGGGGUAGUACCUCUGGUGGGGGCCACAUCAUGCUCCUUCUGGGGUAGUUUAUACACCAUUGGUCUCCACCCUGCACUCAGCUCUCGCCUAUGGCUCCUUGAAGCUGUCAGCAUCAAGAAAUUCUUUGGUUCCGGUUAAACCAGGUGAGGGUAGCCAAUGGUCUCAAACCCUCAGUGAGUCAGGAACGUCCCCCUGCAUGAGAAGACAAGCUCUGGUGGAUCAUGCAAAUGAGUGAUUCUGCACAUUCUGUAGGGGGAAGGGGAGACAGAUGGGGCUUGUCCACCCGGGAAAGGAGCCCAUCUAGGAGUAGAAAAACUCUGGUCCUAAACCCAUGCUGCCUUGUGAGGUAGCUUUGGGAGAAGAAAAGGCUAAGGAGUGAACCCUACACAAAUAUGGAGUUGAUAAAAUGCUUGGAUGGUGCCUUGUACAUCUCCUUCCAUAGGUGCCAACUCUAUAGGGUUGAGGUGUCUUCAGCCCUCCCCCCUUGUCUGUUGGGAUGGGGCUGAGCCCACCCAAUCUUAAGGGGUCAGAGGAGGCUGAGCGCAGAGGUGUGCUCCAUGCUUGGCCUCCUCCUGAUACAACAGGCAGCCUCUGGUCCGGCUGCACCACCUUAUUCCCUAAGCGAUGCCCGUCCCCAACCAAUGCUGCUGCUUUCCCCUGUAGGGAAGACCCACAUCAGUGCCUCUGCUGCUUGCCCAGUGCCAUUCUCAUGAUGGAGUGGCCAGGAUGGUCUGGAGCAUCCCAGGGGCUUUUCACCAGGGCAAUGGGAGGCCCACAAAGCCUCCUGGAGUGGCGGCAAAAGGACGACUCCCCUUCCCAGCAACGGGUCUCCCAAUGGGUCCCCACCUCUGCUGCACCUCCUGAUCCAGCCUCAGGAGCAGGGUGAGUGGGGACUAUGAGUCCCAUCCUGCCUCCACCUUGUUCGCCGAGCUCACUUCCUCUGCAGGGCCAGCUGCAGUGAGGCCAAGGAGCCAAGAGCCAAGCAGUGUGCCACGCCUCCCCCCAAUGCAAGAGUCACAUGUGUGAGGUUGUCAUCGUGUGUGUGACAUGCGAGAUGAGCCCCCCCCCCCAAUGCUAGGCACAACUUGGCACCUCUGCCUCCUUCCAACAACUUCUGCAGCCAGGCUGGUGCCAAACGCUUUCCUUUCCUUUCCUUUGGACCACAUCAGCAAGGCUGAGAAGGAGGUCUUGCCUUGGCCGCCCAGGACCUCCCUACACACUGCCCAGGCUUGCACCCUGGACAGGUCACUUUGGUGCUGCCAAUACAGUGCCUUGACUUCACCCCUAGAGGCACACUCCAUUGUGUCUCAAUACAGACUGAUGCCAACAACAAGAAUGGAUCCAAUUCACUUUUUCUGGUGGGAGUUCAAAAUGUGCCCCACAAACACUCAGGGGACCAAUUAAAUGUUAUGGUGUGUGUGUUCUUCUCACUGGAAAGGCAGACACUUUACAAGCGUCUUACAAUUUAAGAAGACUUCAUCAGAGUAGGAACAGGGCAGCCGCCUGAUACCCAGUCAAAUCCGUGACUCAUCUAGUCCAUUAUUGUCUACACUGACUGGCAGCAGCUCUCCAGGGUUUCAGGCAAGAGCCUCUCUCAGCCCAGCCGGGAGAUGCCAAGCAUAAUGCAUGUGCUCUACAACUGAGCUAUGGCUAUUUCCCCAAAGGCGUAUCUGACUAUGGGGCUGAAUGCUCCAGGGUAUGCAGAUGUGGCAUUUCUGUGUGUCAGGGGGAAGCCAAUGUUCCUAAGUGAUAAGGACACUCACAACAACUUUACAGAAGCAGGCAAAUGCAGCCCCCACUACUCCAACCCCCUUUCCUGACAGCUUCUCUGCCCUCUAGCACUUUCUCACUCCUCUUCCCAGCCCCCACUACCACCGGAGGCAGACUGACUGCCAGGACAAGUGGCUGUUGGGCAUGACGCUGGUGGAUUCUCUGGGACAGCUCAGUUGGUAGAGCAUGAGAUUUGGGGCUGUGGGUUCAAGCCCCAUGAUGGGCAAACGAUUCCUGCAUUGCAAGGGGUUGGACUGGAUGACCCUGGUGGUCCCUUCCAGCCCCACAAUGCUAUGAUUCUACACCAGACCCUCAGCUUAUCAUCAUCAUCAUUUUAUUUCUAUGCCACCUUUCCACAGUUAAAGCAAUGCUCAAGGUGGCUUACAAUAUGAAAAGAUUUACAUAAUUGCAAAUAAAGCAGUCAUAAAAAAGCAAAGUAGUCAUAAAAGUCAUGCUGGCCACAUGACCUGGAAGCCGUACACCGGCUCUCUCGGCCAAUAAAGUGAGAUGAGCGCCGCAACCCCAGAGUUGUCCACGACUGGACCUAAUGGUCAGGGGUCCCUUUACCUUUACCUAGUCAUAAAAAUAAAUAAAACACAUUAAAAACUACAUAACCAAACUGAAGAAUUUCCACAUAAAAAUAAAGUUACAAAAAGUUAAUAUCAGUAGUAUCAGUUAAUAUCAGUAACAACAGCAAAAACUUCCAACAAAACUUCUCCCAAAAUACCCCAGUCCUUGCUGGGCAGCAGCCCUGAUGAGGCCCUGGGCCAGGGGGAGAGAGGCAGGACCAGGGCCCUCAGGCACUCGGCAGGUGAGCUUAGAAGAGGAAGCAGGAAGCCCCCCUUCUCUCACAGGCUCUCUCUGCUCCAUCUUAUCAUUUCAACCACGGACAGGCCAGUUUUGUGACCCUGAUUAAAAAACAGGCAUUAGACGGACAAUGGAGGAAAUAGCCAAAGUGCUGCUGCUGCUGCUGCUGCUGCUGCUGCUCCUUUCACUGGCUUGGUUUGGAUAUAUUGGCUCUGUGUGUGUGUGACCUGCUUUUCUCUUUUCACUGAAGAUAAGGCAGAAGCACACUAGAUCUGCCCCAAGUCCCGUGUGGGUGCCUCACCAUAUUUUAUUGUUAACCUUAGAAAAUGCUUGUUUCUAAUUUUUGCUUUUGUUUUUAAAACAAGACUUACUCCAUGCCUAUCCUCCAUGUAUAUUGUACUUCCUCUAGUCUCCCACCAGAUUUCUGAUAAAGGACCGUGGCUGCCCAUCUUCAGCAAGACUGCAGCACCAGGUGUCCCCAGAGCAUCCCUGCUUCUUUUAAGAUUACUACUUCUUUUCGUGGCAGAACUCUUGUGCCCUUAAAUCUGCAGAAAUGUAGCAGCUGAAGCUUUCCCCCUUUGUGAGCCAGGAAAAGUUUCACCAGUAUAUUUCUGCAUGUCAGGCAGCUGUCAGGAGCCCUACCAGAAAACAACCACCGGAAGGCCAUUGCUCUUCCUCCCCCCAACAAACAUUGACUCCCUCUCCAGUGGUCCAACUCUGGCCAUGAAGCUGGCGGCGGCAGCACCUGCUACUCAGCCUUCCAGAUCAAGCUGCUGGUAUUUACCGUAUUUUUCGCCCUAUAGGACGCACUUUUUCCCCUCCAAAAAUGAAGGGGAAAUGUGUGUGCGUCCUAUGGGGCGAAUGCAGGCUUUCACUGAAGCCUGGAGAGUGAGAGGGGUCGGUGCGCACCGACCCCUCUCGCUCUCCAGGCUUCACGCAGCUCUCUGCAAAGCGCAGGAGCCCAGCGCUGGGCUCCUGCGGCUUGUGGAGAGUUGCCUGCAUGCUGAAGCCUGGGCGCGCUGAGCUCAGCGCGCCCAGACUUCGCACAGCUCUCUGCAAAGCGCAGGAGCCCGGCGCUGGGCUCCCACGACUUGCGGAGAGUUGCCUGUUCUGGUGGCUGGGGUCGGGGGUCGGUGGAAGCUCAGGCUGGGGGGGAAAUAAUUCCCCCCCCUUUAUUUCCCCCCUAAAAAAACUAGGUGCACCUUAUGGGACGGUGCGUCCUAUAGGGCGAAAAAUACGGUACUCACCUCCUUGGGCAAAGCAGACUUCAAGUGGAAAUAAGGACAUGCUUGUAACACCCCUAUUCUCACCAAGGAAAAAUCACUGCCUGAACCUCUCCCUCUUCCCACUUUUAUAUAUCCCUGAAAGUUGCUCUAUGGUUUUUCCUGAGCUGGAGGGUUAUAUAUUAGUAAAUCAUCUAUUAACAGUUUGCUAAUGUUUAAUAUCUCAUAUUUUACUUAUAUAAUAGCUGUGACUCAAAAUGCAUAGCAACAUUUACUAUCUGGGCAGGCAGUUUUGGAAGGGAAGUCUGUGCUCUGGCAUUUUGUGCAGGAACCAAUCCUGGUACACAAACUACAUUUGACAUGAAAUAUGUCCUUUGCAUCUAAUGUCCCUGGAUUUUUAAAUUUAAAAAUAUGCAGAUAGAACCAACUGGGAGGGGCUGAUAAUUAAUGGGCCAGAGAAGGGGGAAAUUUAAACCCUUCUCUUCCUUUGCUGGUCUCAAACAGAAUUCAUCUUUUAAAGUUAAUAUGUACUUAGGGUGGUGGCAAGGGAUUCCCAACAAAGCAAAUACCAGCUUUGGAAGAGGGACUUUUCUCAGGAACACAUGUUUGUGGGGAGCAUUAUAUUUUCCCAUCUGAUCCCAUUAACCAUUCCUUCCAGUUGAUAGUAUUUGCUUUUUUUAAAAGGUGUCACAUGUGGUUUGGCCCCUAGGGCAUAUAUGAAGGGGACCGGUUAAAGGCAGUACAGGCAGUGACUGUUUUAGGCGCAUCUCAUAUGUGUGUAACCAUGCUCACGUGCAUUACACCGAACCCGGACGUGACCCCAAAACAUUACAAAAAAGGGGCAAGGUGGGGCAGGGGCGGAAUGGAGUAUUUGCAGGCUUUUUCAGUGAUGUUUCCAAUAUACAUGAUUUCACUUAAAUGGGUCCUGUACCUGAUAGGGGAUUGGAGCUGCCCUUCCUGUGCCCCCAUCGCUGAGCUUGGGGUGCAACAGAGGCACCAAGGGAGCCAAUGCUGUGCACCCGCUGAGCCCAGUUGGAGCAAGGCUGGUGGGAGGAGGGCAAUUUCACUCCACCACACCUGUCUGUAGCGAAGGGACAGGUUCUGAUCUAGUUCUCAUGGUGAUGGUAAGCCUGUAUCCGGAUUAUGCAACUUCUGACUAUAGGUGGGGAACAUGUGAUGUCAUGUUCUUCCACAGAAAAACAAUUCCCCAGCAUGUCAGGGAAGAGGCAAGAGCCAUUUCCUAUGUCAACAUUUUCCCUCUUUUAAUAGAAUCCUAGAAUUGUAGAGUUGGAAGUAGGGCUGGGCGACGUAUCAAGACAUUGUACAAAAUCAGCUCAAAGUCUACAUCGUGGUAAUGGUUUCAUAAUAUUUGACAUGGUGAUAUAUUCCAAAUCAUGAUGUGUAUGUGUGCUAUGUAAAAAAUUGUGAUGUGGUUAAAACCAUGAAGCCUGUUGUCGCUUCUCUCAUAAUUCCUGCCGCCCCUGUUCCUCUGUACUGGAAAAUAACAGUUGCAACAAUAUAUUAAAGGUAAGUAAAAAUGUAUCAGUUUUAGACUGCUAAGUAGUAGCAGUUGCCAAGACAUUACCCCCAUUUGCCUCUACAGUGGUACCUUGGGUUAAGUACUUAAUUCGUUCCGUAGGUCCGUUCUUAACCUGAAACUGAUCUUAACCUGAAGCACCACUUUAGCUAAUGGGGCCUCCUGCUGCUGCCACGCGAUUUCUGUUCUCAUCCUGAAGCAAAAUUAUUAACCCGAGGUACUAUUUCUGGGUUAGUGGAGUCUGUAACCUGAAGCGUGUGUAACCUGAAGCAUAUGUAACUCGAGGUACCACUGUAUAUAGUUAUGAUAUACAGUCAAACCUCGGUUGUUGGAUGUAAUCCGUUCCGGAAGCCUGUUCAGCUUCUGAAACGUUUGACAACCAAGGCACAGCUUCCGACUGGUUUCAAGAGCGUCCUGCCCUCAAAACGGAAGCUGCAUCAGACGUUCAGCUUCCAAAAAACGUUGAAAACCUGGAGCAUUUACUUCUGGGUUUUCGACAUUUGGGAGCCAAAAUGUUUGAAAACGGAGCCAUUCAGGAACCGACGUUUGACUGUAUCAGUUUAUCGUGAUGCUUAACUGGGGAUAAAAACCAGGCAUUUCUCAGCCCUAGUUGGAAGGGACCCUGAGAGUCUUCUAGUCCAACCCUGCAAUCCAGGAAUCUCAACUAAAGCAUCCAUGUUGUAUGGAAGAACAUUCCGUCAUGCCAGUCCCCACUUAUAGUCUGAAGUGGCACAGCCCUAUCAUAGAUUUCCCACUUCCGUGAGUAGAAACUUUUUUCUCUUUUUCUCUUUACUGGGCUGGUAGUUUGUUUGUAUUAUUGCCCCAAAGCCACAUUUAUGGCAUUUGGAAAACACAUGGCCUUGGGUCCUAACUCAGUUUUCACAAGACGCUAGAGCAGUUCUGUUCCCACCAGGGAUAGUGAGAGGAAAGUGACUUCCACAGAUUCCCCUCUUGAGCCCUUCAAAAAUCUGCUCUGGAUGGGAUUGAGGGAUCUUGUGAAGCAGUAUGAGAUGAAGCACACUCUCCUUCUGCUGUCAGGUUCCUCCACUGAAUCUCACCAGUCCCUAGGCAGAACUCUUCCAUUUAUGGAUGCCUAGUUAGGAUCCUAAGUCAGUUUUGUCAGUCAAAGUACUAGAUAUGAGCAGAUGGGUAUGCCAGUGUGCCAGUCUGCCUGACAGUCUUCUCUUUUCUAAACAGGAAAUCCUCCAUCUUUGCCCCAGGUGAGGAAGAGGUCUCCUGGCUCUAUUCUAAUCUGUGCUGCAGCUUGAUCCUUUAUAGGUUUACUGAGUAAAAUUGGGUUUACAUCCACGUAUGGAUGGGACUGUUGUGUUAGUAAUUCAAGGAUAUAACGGGGUGCAUGCCAUUGUAUGGCACUGGGGUUUUGUAGGUUGUGUACACACUUGGGUGUUAGUAGUGUACAUGGGUUGCACAGAAAUUAUUUUUCCAUGUGAGCUUUUGGGCACUUUCAUCCACACAUGACCACUUCCAGUUUAAAUCGGUCUUGAUAUUUCCCGCCUGCACUAGGGGGAUGCAUUCAUUCUAUGCAUUGUUGACCCCUCUCCCCAAUUACUACUUCCCUGACCUCCAGAAGUUCCAGAAACCUGAGGUCCAUCAUAGGCACAUGCCCAGGUAUUUCCUUUUUUAAAAAAAUAGUUUUGUCCAUGGAUUAGCACAAUAACAAAUGUCCACCAAAGUUUUAAGCAUUUUCCACAGUGGGCAAAAUAGCCUAUUUUAAACAACUGCUUUUGAAAUAGUUUUUUUUUAAAAAAAUUUUUACCAGAGUCAACAGCCUUCUAAGGAAUGCCUCUGUAGGGCAAACAAUGGCCAGGCAGGUGGGAGGCACAGGUGCCUCUGAUCUCUAAACACAAAAAGUUGUGGGGCAGCUCAGAGAAAAGCCUGCCUUGUCCCACCCUCCAGUCUCUGCUUCUCAAUUUGUAUUGUAUUAUUUUAUGUACCGUGACUUUCCAUUGUUUUAUUGAUUAUAGUUUAGAAAUUAUUUAUUAUAAUUGUUAAGAGUGGAUUUCUGUUUAAUUUUUAUAUGCUGAUAUUUAAUAUUAUUCUAUACUAUUUCAAUGGAUUGUUGAAUAUUACUUUAUUUUAUAUAAGUUGCUUAUUUUAAAGUUAUGUUUUAUUAUCACAUUUUUGUAUUGGAUUAGAUUGUUAUAAGGUGUACAUUCUUUGUUUCUUCAGCUUGUAAACUGCCUUGGGUAUAGAAAAAUAGAAAGACGGUAUACAAAUUAAAAGUGAUGAUGAUGAUGAUGAUGAAAGUACAUUCCACACAUGGUCAAGUCGGGAUGGGAAGACUGAUUUGGGGGAGAAGGAUUUAAAUACAGUGUUUUUCUAUUUCUUUCCUCUUUCCUUUUCUUCCUCUUGUACCUGCAAAGGCCAUUUUAUUUUUAAUACAGCUGUUUUGUGCAAAGGCAGUUCUGCAACAAAACAGUUGUUUUUUAAAUAAAAACAAAUUAUGGUGAGUUUGCCUUCGUCAACAAUGGGUUGAGCUAGGCACACCACAUCCUUUCAUUUAGGCUGAUGAAAACAAAAUGACUAUUUUGCGCUCAGGUGAUGAGGGCUGUGGUGAUAGAUGGCACCAGCAAAACAUCACCAAACCUAUAAACCCAGCCCAUAAUGCGCUUCAGUGUAUCCAGUCUUAGGCAACAUGCAAUUAUGCAAUUUUAUGUUGGAAUUCCUCUCCUUAGCACAUUAUCUGCAGAUAGGGGAAAUCAGAAUUAAAUGGGGUUGGGGUUGAGUGUUGACUGCUAUGCAGAUCAGGGAUGCAUCAAAUCCACUUUAAACUGCUGUGUGUCGUCUUCUCUUUGGCGAUCACUUGUAGCUGAGUAAGAUUGUCUUCCAUGAACAUGGUCUUAACAGUGAGUCCGUAAGUGGCUGUGGAGACCAAUUCUGGAUCCACACAUCCUUCCACAGUGGGGACAUAGGUUUCCGAGUGGGAGUUGAUCAUGGUGAGGAUUUGCCAAACGUGCCUUCCUCUUUUCAUCCCGAGUUUGAGUGUCUUCAAAGUCCAUGACACCUUUGGUAAAGGCUGUUCUCCAAAUGGAGCACUUACAGGCCAGUGUUUCCCAGUUGUCGGUCUUUACGCUAUAUUUUUUUAGAUUUGCCUUGAGAGAGUCAUUAAACCCCUUUUGUUGACCACCAACAUUAUGCUUUCCAUUUUUAAAUUCAGAAUAGAGUAGUUGCUUUGGAAGAUGAUAAUCAGGCAUCCGCACAACAUGACCAGUCCAAUGAAGUUGAUGUUGAACAAUAAUUGCUUCGACACUGGUGAUCUUUGCUUCUUCCAGUAUACUGUCAUUAGUUCGCUUGUCUUCCCAAGUGAUUUGUAAAAUAAAAUUGAGAUACCAUUGAUGGAAUCUUUUGAGGAGUUUAUCAGUGGUCCAUGUUUCACAAGCAUACAGUAAGGUUGGUAGUACAAUAGCUUUGUAAACAAGCAUUUUUGUUUCCCUGUGAAUGUCCCGGUCCUUAAACACCUGCAAUUCAAUCAGGAGAAAGCUGCACUCGCAGAGCUCAGGCGAGGCCCUUGUGGAAAGAUAACUGCCCAAGUAGGAGAAGUGAUCAACACUUUCCAGCGUUACACCAUUGAGUUAGAUUUGUGGCACUACAGAGGGGUUGUUUUCUGCCUGUUGGUGCAGCACUGUGGUUUUUUGGGAUGUUGAGCUCUUCGUAAGCUUCUGCAAAGAUAUUUGGAGGUCAUCUUCAGAGUGCACACACUACAUUAUCAUCAGUGUACUGAAGCUCUAUGAUGGAAGUUAUGGUAACCUUACUCUUUGCUUUAAGCCUACUCGGACUAAAGAGCUUUCCCUCUGUUUGAUACAAUCGUACCUUGGUUUUCGAACAGUUUAGUUCACAAACAACUUGGAACUCGAAAGCCGCAAACCCAGAAGUAGGUGUUCUGGUUUGCAAACUUUGCCUUGGAAGCUGAAUGUCCGGCGCGGCUUCCGCGGCUUCCAAUUCGCUGCAGGACACUCCUGCAGCCAAUUGGAAGCUGCGCCUUGAUUUCCAGACGUUUCGGAAGUUGAACAGACUUCCGGAACACAUUCUGUUCGAAAUCCAAGGUACAACUGUAUAUGAUUUCUACUCUGGUGGGGAGUUUCCCUUCGACAAAAUGUCGGAUCAUGGCAGUGAAAAUAAUAAAUAGAGUUGGGGUGAUAACACAACCUUGUUUAACUCCUGAUCCCACUGUGAAUGUUUCACUUUGAGAGCCAUUGUUAUCUGCGAUUGUUGCUGUAAUAUUAUCAUGGAGGAGCCGAAUGAUAUUCACAAAUUUAUCUGGGCAGCCAAUUUUCAGAAGCAAAGUCCACAGGGCAUUACAAUUUACUGUGUCAAAGGCCUUAGUCAGGUCAAUAAACACCAUAUACAGGGGUUGGUUUUGCUCUCUGCAUUUUUAUUGAAGUUGAGCAGUGAAAAUCAUGUCCACUAUCACUCUAGAAGGUCAAAAAGCAUUUUGGGAUUCAGGAAGGGCAGUCUUGGCUAUUGUUAGGAGAUGGUUUGCUAAGAUCCUUGCAAGAAUUUUGCUGGCCGCAGCUAAUAAAGAGAUGCCUUGAAAAUUUCCACAAUCUGUUCUGUCACCUUUUUUUAAAAGAGAUUGAUAAUUUUGGCAUCCCUAAAAUCUGCUGGGAUCUCCUCUCUCUCCCAGAUUUUUUCGAUGAGCUUGUGAAGUUGUUGUGUAAGUUCAAUUUCGCCCACUUUGAAGACUUCGGCAGGUACCCCUUUCUGGUCCGCUGGCUUUGUUGUUUUUCAUUUGGUUAAUAGCUGUACAAAACUCACCCAGAUUUGAAGAUACUGCUGUGUGUACACACCCUUAAAGCAGGAGCAAUUCUAAAAAUGGAAUUUUCUCUAGACAAUUUGUAGGAUCAAAAUAAAGGAAAACAAAACUAAAGGUCGCCUUCAAUUUCUAUGAAAGCAUAGGAAUAUGAAUGAAACAUGGAAGUGUCAGAAUUUCAGAAAAGUGCAAGCAUGCUAUUCAAGCCCAUUUAAGAAUGUAGUUGUCUAAAGCAGGUGUCUAAAAAUAAGCAGGUAUGGGGACUGACAAACCACUCUGUGCAGGGGCUCAUCACCACUAAGUCCAAUUUCUGAUGGCCAUGGCAAUUGGAGCAGGCCCAGGCCCCUCAUCCGCCCAAGCACAUGUGGAGGGAUGUCAUAUAGGGAGUAGAUUUGGGGCAAGGUGACAGGUGAGUUGUACACAUGCAUCUAAAGUUUUGCUAGGUCAUUUCACUGACAGGGCUUCUGUACCCUGAUUUGUAUCACCUGUCACGGCAUGACAGGGAUAAGGGAAAUCACAUUCUCCUUUCCCUGGGAUCCUUCAAGACACAGGUGCUCUCCUGGGAUUUGCACCUUGGAACAGUUUUAAGUAUCAGAGCUUUGUUGCAGUUUAGUAAAAGUGCUUGAACAUUCUCCCACAGAACCACACUUUCCAUGGUUCACUAAGGAGAGGAAACAACAGUCAAACCAGUCUACGUCUGCUGUGUGGAGAUAGCUUAUUUGUACCUUAGUAUGAUUGUUGACUGUAUUCUGGUAUUUUUGCAUGAGUGUGUGAGAGAGUUGGAUUUCCACCUGCUCAGUUGCUGAGGUAGCAGCUGAGCUGUAGCAAGUGGCAGGUAAUAGUGUUUAUCAUAUUUUUCAAAAAUAAUAAUAUAAAUAUCACAAUAUAUUUAGCACAAUAUCAAGAGAACGCUGAACAUACAGAUAUUUCACAUUAAAAAUCAUGUAUAAUUUCUCUAUUUAUACAAAUAAAGUUAAGGAUAAGUAAAUUAAGAAAUAAGAAAGCUACAUCUUUACUUUGUACUUCCAUUUUCUAAUAGUCAGUACUGUAAAGGGGUUUAACCCUUUCACAAAUCUGAGAUUCUUCUUCUACAGUCUCAUUGUAUCACUAAGUUUAAAUAACUGUGCUAGUUGCAGAAACAUCCUGUAACUAAAAGAGUUUCCCUCCAGUGUCCCCCCCAAAAAAAUUUUUUUCCCACUGAAAAGCUGGGUUGGUGGAGGGGAAGUCCUCAGAGCAUCUUUACACAUCUGUACUCAUCUGGGCAACCCCAGAGGACUGGGGUCAAGCGCUUUAAGCACUGGGGAAGGAGCGGAAUGCUAAAUUUAUAUUGGCCCCUUGGCAGGAAAAUAGUGCAUGCCUGGUUUACCAAGCUGUUAAAGGCACACUCUGGUAAGUUACUACUUAAUACACAGCCACCUGUUUUUACUUGAUGCCUGCUGUGGAGGGGAAGGGUGGCUCAGGAGAAAGUGUGUGUGUGGCUACAGCAUGAGACUCUUAAUCUCAAGAACAAGAGUUCGAGCCCAUGGCUGCACUUCAGGGGGUUGGACUAGAUGAUCCUCAUGGUCUCUUCCAACUCUACAGUUCUGUGAUAUUUGUGUGUGUGUGUGUAAAAUUCAACAUCUACACAAUCUGCUUACUGAUUUCGCUAAGUAUACAUAGGAUUGCUAGCUUUGUAAAAUGAGCUUCUUCUGGUGAAAGACCUUAUUGGGUAGGAUAACAAGGUAGCAAAAUUCUUAGGUGCACUGAGAGUGUAGUUACUAUUGACUAACAAAAUUGCUUUGUCAUUUUGAGCUGAAAUUGUCUUCAUCCACAAAUUGUAAACUCAUCAACUAUUUAUAUAUAUAAAAAUUUAACUUGCAGUGCUAAAUUUAGAAAGAUUACUCUCUCCCAGGCAAGUGCAAUAAACAUGAGAUCAUUCUUAGAGCACUUUCCUUCUAUGACUCUCUGACUGUUGUAUGUGACUCAAAAUGUACCAAGCAGCUUUGUAGAAACAAUCUCUCCCUUGGCCUGUGUCAAAAUUAAGCAAUGUUUUCCAAAUCUGUGUAUUUUUUCAUAUCAGUUUAACUGUCAUGGCUUCUUCCAAAGAAUCCUGGGAAUUCUGUUAGGGAUCCCAGUUACACAGGUCUUCUCUUGAUAUGGCCUAUGUGUGUGGACCUGCUAGAACUGGUGGCAAUUUCUCUCCCCCCCGCUUUGUCCCAGGCUUUUCAUUUUGCAUCACCACCAGCCCAUAGAGAAUAUUGAAGUGACCAUGACUUUGGGUCAAUAUUAAAAAAUAUUUGACUGACUGAUUGACACUGGGUGUGUUUUAUGAAUUGUAGAAUUGUGGAGUUGGAAGGGUCCCAGGGGUCAUCUAGUCCAACCCCCUGCAAUGCAGGAAUCUCAACUAAAGUAUCCAUGACAGAUGACCAUCCAACCUCUUAAAAACCUACAAGGAGGGGAGAGGUUACCAUCUUUUGAGGGAGCCUCAGCUAUGUGUUUUGAGGACUAUUUGGCUCUUUGGAAUAGUUGGCCAUUUCACUCUAGACUGGUGGAUGGGACUUGAGACUCUCCAACUCCCAUCAGCUCCAGUGGCCAAGGAGGAUGGGAGUUGGGACUAGCUACAGAUGGAGGGGCACAGGUUCCCCAUCACUUCCCUAGAGGGCACUAACUACAGUCAAACCAACUUCAACUGAUAUAACAGUAUUACUAUGCAAACAGUUGCCAUAGUUCUUAUCUUAAUUAUUCACAAAAGAGCCUUGUGAGUUAAGACACAAUUCUUCUCAACUUAUAGAUGGAGGCUGAGAAGACAGGGACUUGUCCCAAGACCAUCAAAUUGGAUGCUAUCCCUGACAUGUCCAAAGCUGGCUCAGUGAAGUAGGGAAAGGAAAAGGAUUAAUUAUUUCUUGUCUAAGAUGAUGUGUUUCUCCAGAUUGAGCGAUGGCAUUUUGAUUUGGCCACAUUGUCAGGAACUAGCUAGUUAAGAAAUGAGUAUUGUUUCAUCUACCUCAUAGGAGUGUUGUAACAAUAAAGAGGAAGCUCAUGUAUGAUAAGCUCCUCAAAAGGAGGGGAGGACAAGAAUAUAAUAUACAUAACCAAGCAGGCAGACCAGUAAGCUGCUUACUGUAACAAUUCAACAUGAGCCCUCAAAUCCACCACAGGGUGUUCUAGAGUUCACCUGGCUCUCUAGUUUGUGUAGACAUCCCUCCACUUAGCCCGACAAAAAUCCUUGUGUCAGUCAUAGAUGUUUGUCCUUUCCUUCCAGGAGGCAGGGCAAGGGAAUCUCUCCUUUGAAUUUCAAAACACCUGUAGUUAUUUCAGAGAAUUUGGGACAGGUUUGGGACCUCAUAUAGAACAUAGUAUUUAAAAAGAAAAAAAGGGAAAGGGAAAAAAGUUUGUGUUACUACCAUGAACUAAUGCUUCCUUACUCCCUUUUCCUCCAACCUUUUCCCCACAGACAAUGCCCCCCUUUAGCACUGGGGUCAUGGGCCAUCACCGGGCACGUCGCCGCUGAGCCAGUUCCCCCUUUCCUUUCCCCACCUAAAGAUGGCCAGUGCCAACGAGACUGAAGAAGCCCAUGGCUCAGCGCCCCACGCAGCCUCCACCUAUGCCAAGCUGCUGCUCUUGGGCCUCAUCAUCUGUGUGAGUCUGGCAGGGAACCUGUCCCUCUCGCUGCUGGUCUUGAAAGAGCGUGGCCUCCACAAAGCACCCUACUACUUCCUGCUGGACCUGUGCCUGGCUGAUGUGAUCCGCUCAGCUGUCUGCUUCCCCUUUGUCCUCGUCUCAAUCCGCCACGGCUCUGCUUGGACUUACAGUGUGUUGAGCUGCAAGAUUGUGGCUUUCAUGGCUGUCCUCUUCUGUUUCCAUGCUGCCUUCCUCCUCUUCUGCAUCAGUGUCACACGCUACAUGGCUGUGGCCCAUCACCGCUUCUAUGCUAAACGCAUGACCUUCUGGACAUGCGUGGCUGUCAUCUGCAUGGUGUGGACUUUGUCCGUGGCCAUGGCCUUCCCACCCGUCUUCGAUGUUGGGACCUACAAGUUCAUCCGUGAGGAGGACCAGUGCAUCUUUGAGCACCGCUACUUCAAAGCCAAUGACACCCUGGGCUUCAUGCUCAUGCUAGCUGUGCUGAUCUUUGCAACCCACGUGGUUUACAUCAAGCUCCUUCUCUUUGAGUACCGCCAUCGCAAGAUGAAGCCUGUCCAGAUGGUCCCAGCUAUCAGCCAAAACUGGACGUUCCAUGGGCCGGGAGCCACUGGGCAAGCUGCAGCCAACUGGAUUGCUGGCUUUGGCCGUGGCCCCAUGCCUCCUACCUUGUUGGGCAUCCGGCAGAAUGCUCACGCUGCCAACCGGCGCUUGCUGGGCAUGGAAGAAUUCAAGGCUGAGAAGAGGCUAGGCAGGAUGUUCUACGUCAUCACUUUGCUCUUUUUGGUUCUCUGGUCACCCUACAUUGUGGCCUGCUACUGGAGGGUAUUUGUCAAAGCCUGUAGCAUCCCCCACCGCUACCUCUCCACAGCUGUUUGGAUGAGCUUUGCCCAAGCUGCUGUCAACCCCAUCGUUUGCUUUGUACUCAACAAGGACCUCAAGAAGGGCUUGAUCACCCACAUUCCCUGCUGGAGGACAGAGCCUGAACUGCCCAGAGAGCCUUAUUGUGUGAUGUGAGGAGUGCCAAGGGUUGGCUAGAAGGCAUCUGCCUGUGCCAAACUGAAUUUGAGUUUCAUUUCUUUCUUAUUUAUAUAUCACACAAGAUGCCAAAAGAUGGGUCGUUCUGCUUCCCCUGCAAUUUUGGCCAUGGUUCCCCAGAGUACUUGGUGUCACAAUAGACUAUGAGCGCUUCAGUUAUCCCAGGGCAAAUAUCCAAAACCACUCAUUAACUACAAUGAGAUCAGAGCUGGAUUCUGGUCUCAGCUCCCCUGGGGUAAAUCCAAAGCUAUACGAUGACAGUAACUGGUCCCCAGUAGUGUUCCAGCCAGUGCUUAGAAAGGGUACAAAAUAUCCUGUGCAUCAUGGAGUUUUUCUCUUUUUAUAGCCCACAAACUCUAUCCAGUUGCUUCAGUCAGACACUGCAAAACUCCAUAGAACCAACACCAGAAACUUCUGUGUCCAUUAUUUCAAAGUGUUUGAUCUAGCAGCUCUAAAGGUGUGUCUGGCAUCACUGAAAAGAGGCCAGAUUUUUGUAUUUGGAUCUCCCAGAGUGAAGCCAAAGCCAUCCCACUCACUGGAGCAAAACCACUUCAUGCUCAGCAGGGCUGAUUUGGCUUUACAGCUGGAGGGUGUUGAUGGAAGCAGGGCUCUGAUGAUGGAAUCUGCUUCUGUAGAAGAUUAACUCUCCCAUUCAGUUAUUCAUUCCAUCAAUUAAAUCAAUUCCACACAGUCUCAGAGUCUGAGGCUAAGUUGAGGGGGCCCCCACAGGGACAGGAAGGCUAGAGGGGCGGAGGAGGAAAGGAGGCAGUAGACACAGUUGUUUAAGGGAAUGCCAUGGAGCUAGCCUUGACUUGGCUCCUUGUCAGUCAGAAGCUGUAACCAGGGAGCCUUGGAAACCCCACCUCAGUUGCCAUGGCAGCAACCAAUCCAAGGCCCUGCAGACCAUGUCACCCUGGAACAAUGCAAGCAGGAAGAUGUGGGUGGGGUGUGGGGGAGGAGGAAGCCACCAAGAAAUCCUAACGCAUUCCCUGAAGAGUAGGAGAAGGCAGAGACAUCAACAUGCAAGGCAGACAGUGGAGAGCAUCCAAGGCUGCAGAAAGUGUAGGGUAACCACAGGAGAAUCAUGUUCAAUGAUGUCAAUAUGGCACAUGCCCUGCUAAAAUGGAAAGCAAAAACACUACUGUUGCAAGGCAUAUGUGCCACUAUGCUCCCGCCACCCGUUUAUUCUCACACAUUCAGAUCACACUGCACAUUGCUUCCUCCUUGCCAUCUCACAUCAUAGAACUGUUUGCACUGUUCUUGUGAGACAAUACCAGAUCAUGUAUGGAAAGCUCACCCUUCCCAGAGUUGCUGUCUCGUACCUCUGGGUUUAUUCCAGUGGACAAGUUGUCUGUGCUUUGGGUCAUUGACAGAAAGAGGACAAAUAGCCCUAUGGCUCAGAAAAAGGCCUGGUUGUUCUAGUGUCUCUAAGAAGGGAGUCAAGCCUCGAAAAAGGGGGUGUGGGAGGAAGUGUUGCCGUCUCUGAGAGAAGAGGGGUACACUGGGUAGAGUGAGUGGGAGAGAGGACUCCAGUUCUGGGCUGCAGUGGUUGGCUUGUUUAUUUAUCUAUUUAUUAAAGAGAAAGGGAAAUGUGGGGCUUGGAACUCCUGGUUCUUUUUUCAUCUGAACAGAUGAAUGGGGCCUGAAGUUUAGAGAAUCUGGGAGUCCUGAGCUUGCUGGGUUCACCCUUAGUUGUGAUACCCAUCGGUCCCAUUUUGGCUUUACCCCUCAGGCAGGUACUCCCAAAAUCCAAGAAAAUGAAUUACCAGACAUAUUGCUUGAGGCGUGAAGGUGGGGAGACAUGGGACAGCCUAAUUCAAUGGGACUAUUGUUAAUGCGGAGGUGCUCCUCGUUGGUUUGGGAGGGGAGGGGAGAAAGGAUUCAGGAGGAAAGAGGUGGUUGAGAAAUGAGGCCUAGAAGAAGCACUGCUGGGAGUAAUGUCAGAGAAAAAUGGAGGAGGAUGAGUGGAGGGAUAAGUCAGGGAAAGUAUUAGGAGCAGAGCACAGUUUGGGAGGUGGGAGUAGGGAUGGGAGGGUGGGGACAUCGCAAACCAGGUGAGGAUGCAGGGAUUGGGGCCGUCUCCCACUUGCUCCCCUUCAAAGGACCCAGAUGCUGACUUUUGCCUCUGAAGACAAGACUGUUCGUCUUAUCCUCCAGUCCUGCACCCACUGAAUGGCCUUAAAUCACUGGCCAGCAUUAUGGCCACUCUGCAGAAAACUGUAUUUGAAAAAAUAUGGGAGAUGAACACAGAUUAUUUCCAGGAUGCUUUUUCUGGAAAGAGACUUGAAAGAAGUUGAGAUGUUUUUGUUUUUAAAAAGGAAAUCGAAUAAAGAAAUUGCAACUUUAGUGGGAGAGGGAGGGUUGGGUGGGGGGCACAGGACAGAUGGAUGGAUGUGUGUCCCCUGCAACAUACGCUUCUGAACUUCUUUCAGAUGGGGGCAGCUUGGGGGGGUGGGUAGGGAAUGACUGGAUUGAGGGGUGGAAAUUGAUUUUUGGGGUGGGGACUCUGUUCUAUCCUGCCCCACCACCCCCUUUUUGUGUCAAAUUUGUUUCCAUUCCCUCCUUUUUCUGGGGAUUUUCUCAUUUUCUUUUCCUUUCCUUUGUUUUUUUAUAUAAAUAUAUAAAAAACAUGGAAUGAAAUGCAAAAUUCCUGGGUGAUUCUUUUUGAGUCAGAAGC